AUGGCAAUGUCAGCAUGGAUAUUACUGCUCACUGCGGGUGUGUCUGUCCUGGGACUGUCAUGGGGUCAGCGGACUGAACCCAUGUUUGCCUCAAUAACUCAGAGUGUUUUCCCACCGGACUAUGAGAAUAACCCUACGCAGCUCAACUACGGCGUGGCUGUCACUGACGGGAGAGCAACGUACACUGACAAGCUCUUUAAGUUUCGUAAUGGGCGGUUUGAGGAUCUACUGAAUGAUGACAUAAAUGAACACAGAGACGUUGCCAAUCGCGUGGCUGGCCGGUCACUCGCAUGUGUGGACAGAAAGGGAACAGGCCGUUAUUCCAUUUACAUUGCCAAUUAUGCCAGCGGAACUGUAGGUCCACAUGCUCUGAUCGAAAUGGACGAAAGUUCAAGUGACCUGUCCAAGGGAAUCAUUGCACUGUCAAACGUGGCUGAGCAGGCCGGAGUCAACAAGUUCACAGGGGGACGGGGGGUCGUGGUCGGUCCCAUUAUCAGUCAGACCCUACCUGAUAUUUUCUGUGACAAUGAGUACAGCCCUAACUUCCUGUUUCGCAACAACGGAGACGGUACAUUUACAGAUGUGGCGGCACAAGUAGGGGUUGAUGACCCGAUGCAGCAUGGCCGUGGAGUGGCGCUAGCAGAUUUUAAUCGGGAUGGGAAGACAGACAUUGUCUAUGGAAACUGGAAUGGGCCUCAUCGUCUGUUCCUACAGCUCAGCAAUAAUCGCAAGCAAAGGUUUAAGGACAUCGCCACACAGAAGUUUUCCAUGCCAUCUCCCGUUCGCACUGUCAUCGCAGCCGACUUUGAUAAUGACAAUGAACUAGAAGUUUUUUUCAACAACAUUGCCUACAGAGGACCAUCAGCCAACAGACUCUUCAGAGUUUCUCGGCGAGAACACGGAGAUCCACAGAUCGAGGAGCUGAACAUCGGGGAGGCCGCCGAGCCAGAGGGACGGGGAACUGGAGCAGCUGUGACUGAUAUUGAUGGAGAUGGACAGCUGGAUCUUUUGGUGACGCAUGGGGAAAGUGCAGCUCAACCCAUCUCUGUGUAUCAAGUCACUCAGAGAAGGAAAGAUGUGGCCACCAGUGUGGAAGUGUUCUGGCCAGAUGGACGUUCUGUGGCAAGACCUCUGGAGCCCAGUGAUAUGAACAAAGUGAUGGAGAUCUAUUACCCUGAGAAUGAGGAGGAGGCGACCCCAGUGGUGGAGAUCGAGUGUGGACCAGGAUUUGAGGUCAAUGAAAAUGGCCGCUGCACUGGUAAGUUUUUGAGCAAUGUGACCUUUAACCUCCCAGAGGCCUAA